CCCAAAAAUAGGGCGGUGCAUGAUCUCCAUUCCGCUAAGCGUAACCGUCAACCGUCGUUUUCUUCAUAAUUUGAAAGAAAUGACCAUAUACGACGACGUUUUAAUGGAGUGUUCGGUUAACUUUGGCAUUGCUUGGCAAUUAAGCAAUUUAUUUACCCUUUCUCUAUCAGCCUCCUAUUUUGUGGUUAAAAGCAAUUAAAAUACUAUUUGUUUUUUCAGAAUCGUAAAAUUGCCAAACCUCAUUUCAAUCUCUUCUGCUAAUUAAAGCAGUGAGUUUUAUAAUAUGGACAGACGUAACAACACAACACAGGAGUCGAGAGAGCCCUUUGUGACUAUUACCAGUUUUAUGCUAAAUACAAGUAUUAAUGUUUAAAUCCUUCAAAAAGGCUAAUGACAGUUCUUUAAGAAACAAUAGGGUUAUCCCCCAGCUACUUACCUCUGUGCCGGCUCUCAAUGAUGCUGCUUCCUAUCUUUCCGAGACGACAUCUUUAUUUACUCGUUGUUUCAUGGAUUCUUCUGAACCUGCCUCCAGAGGCUUAGGUGGCCAGGAGAUGAUUACAUUUGGUUCUGCAGAAACUAGAGGAUCCCCGGCCUUCAAUGCUGCUUCUUCAAGUGGAAGUGAAUCAUCUGUUGAUGCUCCACUUCUCCAUGAAGGAUUAAGCAGGACCUUAUCUAGAAAAUCUUCCCAAAGUGGUAAUGCAGCCAUGCACUCAGAGGACCUAUCUGAGGGUUCCAGUACGCAGGUUCUUUCAACGAAUACCAGCUCAAAUGGCAUUUCCAUUUUCCAAGGCCUUAUAGAGAGGGUGAGAAGGACAGUUCGUGGGUCAGCUGAUGAUAUUGGAUGGCUACAACGUGCUUCACACAUGCCUCCGGUUGAAGAUCAAACUGAUAGAUUUGUGGAAAUCAUUGAUGAUAUUAGGCAUGGGCUACAUGGAUUACCAAACUCAAUGGUUUACUUGUUAGUUCCAGGUCUCUUUAGCAAUCAUGGACCACUUUACUUUGUCAAUACAAAAACAAGCUUUUCAAAAAUGGGACUCACUUGUCAUAUAGCCAAAAUUCAUAGCGAGGCCUCUGUGGAGAAGAAUGCAAGAGAAAUUAAAGAUUACAUUGAAGAAAUUUAUUGGGGCUCUAGGAAACGUGUCUUGCUUCUUGGACAUAGUAAAGGGGGAGUCGAUGCAGCAGCCGCUCUUUCCAUGUAUUGGACUGAUCUGAAAGAUAAGGUUGGAGGGCUGGUUUUAGCACAGAGUCCAUAUGGUGGAAGUCCAAUUGCUUCAGACAUUUUACGAGAAGGUCAGCUUGGUGAUUAUGUAAACAUUCGCAAGCUUAUGGAGACCCUCAUCUGUAAAGUAAUCAAGGGGGACAUGCAAGCUUUGGAAGAUUUGACUUAUGAGAGGAGGAAGAAAUUCUUGAGCAAAUACCAUUUGCCAAGGGAGCUUCCUGUUGUUUCCUUCAGAACGGAGGCCAGCAUUUCUCCAGCGGUUUUGGCCACGUUAUCCCGUGUGGCACAUGCUGAACUUCCCACAUUUUCUGCUGCCCAACCUGCUGCUAAGUUUCCCGUGGUGAUGCCUCUUGGUGCUGCGAUGGCUGCAUGUGCCCAGCUUCUUCAGAUCAGGUAUGGUGAGAAGAGUGAUGGGCUUGUCACUUGUUGUGAUGCAGAAGUCCCUGGCUCAGUGGUGGUUAGGCCAAAACGGAAACUGGAUCAUGCUUGGAUGGUAUAUUCUGAAUUAAAUGAUAACCCAACGGAGGCUGAUGCAUCUCAAGUUUGUGAAGCUCUUCUAACUUUACUAGUAGAAGUAGGACAGAAGAAAAGACAUGAACUAUCUAACAAAGAUGAAUGAAGUGUAAACAAGAACGUCCUCCGGCCUAUGAAUCUUGAUGCUUAACCUGUUCUCGCGAGGCGCUUCAUCUUUCAUGUCAUGGUAUAAUAUGUUUCUUAUUUUUGUUGAAAACUUCUGGUGAACAGAAUACAGAAAAAUAUUCCACGAUGAUUGCCCGCCCCCUCCCCCCUUUUUUAAAACAGGAAAAAAAGGUGAAGAAUGAAGCAGAUCCCUGCAACAUAUGAUGUGUAUACGAACUUCUAUGAUGUGUAGAGUUUGCUUCAUGUCUCCAA